AUGCUCUAUUCAUUUGUAGACAAGCAGAAAGGAACGACUCUACUAAAUCGGUAUCCUUCCGACGAGCAAAGGCAGAAAUGGGAAAAAUAUUUCAAGUUCACGUUUGUUCGUGAGCCGUUCGAGCGCAUUCUGUCCGCAUACAAAGACAAGUUUGUUUAUCCAAGAUUUCCCCGCCCAAUGCUUCAACUUCGCGGUAGAGCAAUUCUGAGAACCGUUCGUCCAAACUCUUCCAAGAGCGCACUUGAUAUGCUUGAUGACAUCACUUUUCGUGAAUUCAUUGAAUAUUUAGUAACCGAAGGAAGCAGCAAGAGUACGUCUGUUAUGGAUUGGCACUGGGAUAAUUACGUYAACRUAUGUGGAAUGUGUGCCGUCAACUAUGACUUUAUAGGUCAUUACGAAACUUUUGAUCAAGACUUGGCAGAUUUUAAAGAGGCUGCAAGGUUAUCGCCCCAACAGGCAAAAAGAUUCGAUGCUCGAGCCAACAAUAAGUCCAGUACCGCCUCCUCUAUGCUCAGUUAUUACUCGAAAAUUCCCAUAAAAUGGAUCGAAAUCCUUGGGCAUUUUUACAGAGCCAACUUUGAGAUGUUUGGAUACAACUUCCCGGAACUUCUUAAGAGUCUUUUUGAGUAA